UUUGAGCUUCACCUUCUCCCCGUCCUCCGUCAUCACUCCCACCAAAACAACAUACCGGUAGCCACCGCCUUUUGUUCUGCUUUCUGGCUUUUUUACCUCGACCCUUGACCUAUCCUUGCCCUUGGCAUCUGCUUGACUCAGAAUCUUGCCUUUGAUCUAGGAAGCUAUUACCGCUCAACAUGGUCCAAUUCUCCGAAGAAACCAAGGAGCGUAUCUCCAAGGUCAUUGACGUCUCCAGAGUUGCUAUUCACUACGGAUAUCUUCCUCUGAUCAUCUACCUCGGCUACACUUAUAGCGAGCCUAGACCUUCGCUUUUCAAGCUGUUCUCGCCGCUUGCAUAGAGUUGUGGAAGACCUAGCCGCAUUGCAUACGAGGGCUGGUCCAAGAAAUAUGGCAUCUGAGAUUCUCAUUCCUCAAUUUGUGGCAGGUAUGAGAUUGGGUUGAACCGGACCUUCUGCACGGAGCCUCGGCCUUUCGCAUUCUCGCCAGUAAGGAAAUACGAAACUGGAUGUGCAGGAGUUUAACAAAGACGGAGGGGUAUUUCUAA